AUGGCGGACGCAGCUCCAGCCGGUGGACGUGGCGGUUUCCGAGGUGGCUUUGGGUCUCGUGGGGGUGAUAGAGGCCGUGGCGGUCUCCGUGGACGUGGACGUGGUCGCGGCAGGGGCCGCGGACGUGGAAAGGAAGAUCAGAAAGAAUGGGUGCCGGUCACCAAACUCGGACGACUUGUUCGCGAGGGAAAGAUCGACAAACUGGAAAGCAUCUAUCUGUUUUCGUUACCCAUCAAAGAAUUCGAAAUCAUUGACUUUUUCUUGGGUGCCUCGCUUAACGAUGAAGUAUUGAAGAUCAUGCCUGUUCAGAAGCAGACCCGUGCCGGUCAACGUACCCGAUUCAAGGCAUUCGUCGCUAUAGGAGACAAUAAUGGCCACAUUGGCCUUGGAGUGAAGUGCAGCAAAGAAGUAGCAACUGCAAUUCGUGGUGCUAUUAUCCUUGCUAAACUCUCUGUUCUGCCUGUGCGAAGAGGUUACUGGGGUAACAAGAUUGGAAAGCCACAUACAGUGCCAUGCAAGGUCACAGGAAAAUGUGGUUCAGUUACUGUGAGACUGAUUCCUGCUCCACGUGGUACUGGUAUUGUGUCUGCACCAGUUCCUAAGAAGCUUCUUCAAAUGGCUGGUGUUGAGGACUGUUACACAUCUGCCCGUGGUUCAACUGGGACUCUUGGAAACUUUGCAAAGGCCACAUAUGCAGCUAUUGCUAAGACCUAUGCCUACUUGACACCAGACCUGUGGAGAGACAUCCCCUUGACCAAGUCACCCUACUCCGAGUUUAAAGUCUAA